AUGAUGAAUACUCCUCCAAUACCUAUUGUUGCCGUUGAAUACACCAAACCGAUUCCCGAAUCGACUGCCAACGAAACAAGUUCAGCGUUAAUCAAUAGUCGUGACUCACUUAUUAUUCAAUUCUUAAGUAUCUACGCGCUCAUACUUAUCAUUGUGGGAACCGUGGGAAAUUUAUUGACAGUUGUCGUUUUAUUACGACGUAAUCUUCGUCGUCUAGUAACAAUUCGUUAUUUAAUCGUUGUUAGUAUUUGUGAUACAAUCUCUCUGUACGGAUGGAAUUUGAACAGUUUCUAUAAAUUCAAUAUCAAUCGAAAUAAUGGCAAUUUAGAAGAGAUUUCAAUCAUCCAUUGCCGAGUGAUUUCGUUUAUGACAUUCGUUAGUUUACAGUUGUCAAGUUGGUGUUUAACUGCAGUUAGUUUCGAUCGUGCUUUGAAUCUCUAUUGGUUUCACUGGAGACAAUCCUUCGGAAAUUUGAAAUACACGAAAUUUUACAUCAUCAUCUUAACCUUAGUUUGUAUUGGAUUAAAUAGUCAUAUAUUAUUUCUAAAUGGUUAUCAAACAUCCACUGGGAGUAUCAAAUGUUAUUCCACACGUGAUAAUCCGGGCUAUAUUUAUCCUCAAUGGGAACGUGUUCAUUUAGUUGUAUAUAAUCUAUGUCCAUUCGCUAUCAUGUGCAUCUGUAAUACAUAUAUUAUUGUCGUUACAGUUCGAUCGAGUCGCGCGCAGAUUGAAUCGACCCCACCGAUGGUCCAACGGAAAACUAUCGAGCGUUAUCGACAAUUGACCGCUUUAUUAAUCAUUGUUACCUUUGCAUUUGUUCUAUUGACACUUCCAGCAUGUAUUUAUUUCGUCUUUUUUCGUCAUAAUCUCGAAGCGAAAACCGAACGUACGCAUCGUUAUAUGAUCCAGAUCUCGUUGAAUUCUGUUCAAUUUACUUCUCAUGCAAUAAAUUUCUUUCUCUACUGUUUUUCGGGGAAGAGUUUUCUCAACGAAUUACGUGAUAUGUUCAAUGAAAUUAUCCUUUACUGUCAAGGCAAUGAUGAAGAAUGGGCAAUCAACGAUGUCAGACCACCCAACAUUGAACAAUAUCAGGAAUCAACAUUAGAAAAUCACCGCACCGAUCCGGAAAGAGAAAUGCAUGUGAAAAAUUACAAAUUUGACUUCUUUCCCGAAUUUCAAUCGGGCACUGAACAUCAAUCGACUUGGAAUUAA